UAGUUUGGAGCAUGAAAAAUUAAGCCUGAUUAGAGAGGGUAGGUUAAGCAUGGAAGCUAGUCAGCAGCUAGGUGAAGUUGGUCCUACUUUAGGUGCAUGUUCUUCACAAUUUGAUUUAGGGACUAGUUUGCGGCUGCUUCCGAAAUUUAAUGAGACCCUGAGAAAUCUUUCUGUUUGAGAGGUUAGCUGACGCUAGGGACUGGCAUGAUGGGGACCGCACAUUUAUGUUGCAAUGUGUUUUGACCGGUAGGGCUCAGGAAGCAAUUUCAGCUUUAUCUGUGGUAGAUAGCUUGAGUUAUGCAUCUGUGAAAACUGCUGUUCUGAAGGAGAUGGUCUCUGAAGCUUAUCGCCAGUGGUUUUGGAGGAGUAGGAGGGAGGAUAAACAGUCCCAUCUUGAGUUUUCGCGUGAUUUGCUGAAUCGUUGGUAUACAGCUUCUGAUGUGAAGACUUUUGAUGAUUUGUGUAAUCUUAUUGUUUUGGAACAGUUAAAGAAUGCAGUUCCUGACUGUAUUUCCACACAUUUAACUGAGCAACAGUUAGAAACAGUGGGUGAGGCAGCUGCUUUAGCAGAUCAGUAUACAUACUGAUAAAAGUGAUUUGGGAAAUGUGCGUGGCUAUUCCAGUAACUAUAGGGACAGUGCUGUUGGUUGUGGCUUGACUGCAGCUUCAUACAAGCCUGAAGUUGAAGUGAAGGGGACACAUUUGCGUGACUUGGAGAAAUCUGAUCGUGAGAGUAUUAUAGAAGAACCAGGUGUGAACUUGUCUGAUUUUCCAUUCUGUUUCACAUGCAGAGCUGUUAGCAGAGCAGUGGUUGGAUCCCUCCCUUAAAAAUUUGUUGGAGACAGCAGUUCCGGUUGCUGAAGGGAACGACAAGGAACAUGGCUACUUCGUGGACAAUGGUCUGCUGAUUCCGUCAUCCCCCCCCCCCACCUCGUCCUUCACUUCACUGCUGAGGACACCAACCAAUCGCACCUCAGCAGGGUCCCUCCCAUGCUCUGAUAAAUAGUACCAGGACCAGGGAGGGUCUAUCUGCCUGAAUCUCCUCUCUGCAGAGUCUCUCCUCUUACACCAGCUCCGUGCUACAAGACUCCCUCUGUGAACAUGUCUGUCAGAGCCAUGAAGACCACCACCUUCUCCACUGUGUCAUCCUCCAGGAGCCCAUCCCAGAGCUUUAGUAGCCGCUCCUUCUCCGGCUACGGUGGUCGUGGUGUGGGCAGUGGCAGGCAGAGCUACGCUGUCCGCAGCUCCUAUGGGGGAGUGGGCAGCAGUGGUGCCACUGUGGGCGUUGGGGGGUUUAAGGUGGCUGGUGGGUAUGUUGCUGCUGGGGGGUCUGGACAAAGAGGAGGUGGAGUAGAGUUUGGCUAUCUGGGCUUUGGUGGAGGUGUGGGAGGUGGCAUGGCCAAUGAAAUGAUGGCCCCCAUCACAGCGGUGACUGUGAACAAGAGCCUGCUGGCCCCCUUGAACCUGGAGAUUGACCCCACCAUCCAGGUGAUCCGCACCCAGGAGAAGGAACAGAUCAAGACCCUGAACAACCGCUUUGCUUCCUUUAUUGACAAGGUACGCUUCCUGGAACAGCAGAACAAAAUGCUUGAGACCAAGUGGAAACUUCUGCAGGAACAGACCACGUCUCGCUCCAACGUCGAUGCCAUGUUCGAAGCCUACAUUGCCAACUUGCGUAAGCAGCUAGACAACUUGGGUCACGAAAAAGUCAAACUAGAGUCCGACCUGUACCACAUGACUGGCCUGGUUGAAGACUUCAAAAGCAAGUAUGAGGAUGAGAUCAACAAGCGAAAUGAGUGUGAGAACAACUUUGUCCUCACAAAGAAGGACACUGAUGCAGCCUAUAUGAUCAAAGUGGAGCUGGAAGCCAAACUGGAUGGACUCUCUGAUGAAAUUGAGUUCCUGAGGCAGAUCUUCGAUGCAGAAAUCCAUGAGCUGCAGGGUCAGAUCAAGGACACAUCCGUUGUGGUGGAGAUGGACAACAGCCGUAACCUAGACAUGGACGCCAUCGUCGCUGAAGUGCGUGCCCAGUAUGAAGACAUCGCCAACCGUAGCAGAGCCGAGGCUGAGUCAUGGUACCAGACUAAGUAUGAAGAAAUGCAGCAGUCAGCAGGCAGAUAUGGUGACGACCUGAAGUCAUCCAAGGCUGAGAUCGCUGACAUGAACCGCAAGAUAUUGAGGCUCCAGUCUGAAAUUGACAUGGUUAAAUCACAGCGAAACAGUUUGGAAGCUCAAAUUGCAGAGGCUGAGGAGCGUGGUGAGCUGGCAGUGAAGGAUGCUAAACUCCGCAUCAGAGACCUGGAGGAAGCUCUCCAGAGAGCCAAGCAGGAUAUGGCCCUGCAAGUCCGCCAAUACCAGGAACUGAUGAAUUUGAAGCUGGCUCUGGACAUAGAGAUCGCCACCUACAGGAAACUGCUGGAAGGAGAGGAGGACAGGUUAGCAAUUGGAAUCAAGACCACUGUAUCCAAGCAAACUUCCAUGAACUACAAUGCCUACGGCCUGGAGAGCUCCCGAACCCCGUCCUACAUCAGCCGCUCCUUUGAUGGAGUCAAGGCUAGCAGUGGUUCUGCUGCUGCCCUCGAGGGGGCAACGUUGAAGAGCACCACAGUCACCAAGACAGAGACUGUGAUGAUCAAGACUGAGGAGAAGACCGAGGAGGUGAAGAAGGAAGAGGAGCAGCAGCAUGCAGCAACCGAGGAGUUAACUGCUGUGCAGACGAAGGAGCAGGACCAAGUGGAACCUGAGGCUGUGGCUGAGGAAUGAAGCUUUUCCCUCCCCCGUGUUUUGGCAGAUUUAUGAUUGGUCUUGGAGGUUAAAAAAGCACGACUACUCCUACUUUAUUGUCCAGUUCUUAAAUCAUUCGUUCUCCAAGGUGCCUUCACCAAAUAAUGUCUGUGUUUCUACUGUAAGAAGUGCAAAUGGACAUGUCUUUGUCCAGGUUUCUGAAAACUCUUGUCAACUGUGGAUUGAGUCGUUCAGCGAUCACUGCACCAUACUUGGUUUAUCAGCAGGUGGCACUAUUGUAUGUUUUUCUCUGCUGCUCCAUAUUGUCCUUCCAUCAAAGCACUGCUGACACAGCAACCUGUAAUUCACAGUCUAGCCUAAUAUUCAUCUGAUAGAAGACAUUUUGGGGACAUAAACAUCGCCAUAACGAACUCCUUAUGCUAAACCUGCUGUACCUAAACAGUAAAGUAAGAUGAAAAUCAGUCACAAAAGUCUUAAUAAUAUCUUAGAAAAACCUUUUUCCAUGUAUUACUGUUGGCAACACCCUGAGUCCUGUUUGCUCGACAAUAAAUCUUCUUCCAACAGUUUUUUA